AUGAAGCUCUUCGUUCUGGUGUUGGUGUUGGCAGUGAUCGAAGCAGGCAAUGCAGAUCGCCCCGAUGCCCUGCUGGUGAUCGAUACGUUUAAGGAAAUUGUGCCACGGUACCUGGAAAAGGUGGAUGGAGACCUGCAGCAAAUAUCCACGCUGGAACGGGAAGGGGCGGAAGCGCUGGCACAACUUCACACCGAUGUUAUGCUCGCAAAGGAAACGUUCGUCCGGUCGGUCAUACUGCAGGAAGAUAAGCUGAAUGGUUUGAUGAGCGUCCAGAACACAACCGCCACCGACGGGCAGUGCAUGGAGUUCAUCGCGACUGCUGCUAACCAAACGGUUAACCUGAUCGGUGUGGCGUACACUACGUGCAUUAACGCGGCCGAUGAAUCAAUCGCAAACACCGUCUCUUGGUACUACUCCACCAUGCGUACGUAUGAGCAAUCGACCGUCAACUUACAGCUGCUGGAUGCAUUCCGUGGCGAUAAUGUGUUCUACACGCCGGGCAACAUUGUGGACCGACUACGCGAGAAGGAGAAAAAUAUGAUCCUACACCAGCCAACCUUGCCAAUCUUGCUCGAUUCCCAAAGGACAGCACUGCAGGACGAUUUGCUGGGAAUUCGCAGUCGUUACAUCGAGUGUAUGACCACCGCCGAAUUGUCCUUGCGAAGGUACAUCGAACUGGCGCACCAGCAGUUGAGCAACAUUUGUGGUGGAAAUCUGAACGCUGUACCGCACUGA